CUGUGACACGAUUUAAACCGGCAGUGUUCAUCACUAGCUCGCUAGCCUUGAGUCAGUCCUUGUUCAUGAGAUAAAUCGCAGUACCACGGAAGACAUUGUUGUGGAAAAUGAUGUGCUCUAAACAUUUGUAAUAUAAUUAGCAGUCCCAUAAAUGAGAUGAGACGCAAUAGGACGAUGCGCGCGUCGCUCCCUAACGUGUGACCUAUAUGUAGACACAGGUAUGCUUACCAAACGGAUCUUGCGAAACAUGAAAGCCCUGUGUAUAUUCACAGUUUGACAGUGGAGUAAGCAGACACGAAUAUGGCGCAUCGGAUUUCAAUAUUUCUGUCCAUCUUCAUGACAGUUCAUGGAGAUACUAUCCGCCUGACAGCAACAUCAACGAAACAGUCAUACAUUUUUUAUGCGGCUCCCACUGACAGGAUCAUCAUCACAGCCGCAAAGACAGAGCAACUUGUCAGAUUGGGAAUAAAAUCUACGUAUAACCUAAGUGACGAGGAUUGUGCAACCAGUGCCGUUAAUGUUACAUCAGGAGAGGCCGGCCUGUAUGUGGGUUCCUACUGUGGCAAACAGACCCCAGACUGGUUUUACGCUUCACACAACACUGCGACCAUCGUGUUCAGAUCACCAAGGGUUGCUGCAGGUCUCGGGAGAAUCAACGUCACUUACCACAUACAGAGUGCGUAUAUAUGUGGCGGAGCGAUGUCUGCAUAUCAUCGUCCCCGGUUUAUCAGGUCCCCCCAAUACCCACUAAGAGGAACACCAUUCAGGGUUCAGAGUUGUAUAUGGGCGAUAGCAGGAUUGAACAAUGAACGUGUGAGCAUCACUGUGAAAUCGGCAACUUUUUCAACAAUCGACUGCAGUACCUUCAACGUCACCAUAUUCGAUGGUGAAAUAACUUCUGACACACGCACGUUAGGAACAUGGUGUGGGGGUGCUGGCAAAACAUUCUUCAGCUACUGGAGGUUCCUUUACAUAAUCGCCGCCGGGCAACGACACCUGCCUGCAGGCUUCGAGAUUGAAUACACAGCAAUACCCGAUCCCCAAAGACCAAUUGUCAACAUCUCAUUGGAACAAAAGGCAACACCGGAAGUCAUCAUGUCUCCAGGGCCCCUGAAGAUCUAUUCUGAGUUUGAGGAACUUCGAUGGCUAGGCCAUUCUCAGCAGCGGGUGGUGGUUAAUAUUACUGUUCUGAAUGCAAGUAUGGAACAUACUCAGGACUGCGAUACUGACAGCAUACGGAUACAUCUAGAUUCUAAUCCUGCGCAAGCUGCGAUUGGGUUGGGGUGGUGUGGAGGAGACCUUCCAAGCUAUGAGGUCUUCACGUCUCGACUGAUGGUUGUAUUCAGAGCCUACCCCAGCACUGAAACACACAAAGGGUUCUCCCUUCAAUACAGCAUCCUCGAUACGCCUACUUGUGGAGGUAAUCUCACGGCAACGGAAAGUGUUCAACAUUUGAUGACUCCGAAUUAUCCCGGGCCAUACCAGGGACAUCAGAAGUGCCAGUGGCUGAUUCGCACCACAGAUCCUAUGAAGAUGGUGAAGCUCACCUUCACAACUACUGUUCUCAUUUCAAACUGCAUCUCGGAGAGUGUCCGAAUGUAUGAUGGAACCAAUGAACAAGCGCGUGAAAUUGGAUAUCGAUGCCGUUACAACAGGCAGAAUGAUAAUACCUACAGAAGCGAAUCACGCUUUAUGUUGAUUGUGUUCACAUCAAUCAUUGACAAUAAAGACAGGUCGGGUUUCAAGGCAAGCUAUGUCGAAGAAUCAUGUGGAUAUGCCCUAGAUGCGGUUCGUGGCAAACGUAUUGUGUUGAAUUCUCCAGGGUACCCUGGCAACUACUCAAGUGGUGGAAAUUGUACGUGGACGAUUGCUGGCAAAGCCGUGGCAUUACGGUUUAUUGACAUGAACAUACCAUGUUCAGGAGAUUCCAUUACGUUCUCUGACAGGGGUUCUACGGAAUUAAAAAGAAAGUGGGAGAUUUGUGGAAACAAGGCACACAACUACAUCACAAUAGGAAACUCCAUGUCUAUCAACUUUGUAACGACGACAGGAAGAGGAGCGGGAUUUAAACUCACCUACGAAAGGCUUACAUCAAUGUAUGGAUGUGCUGGCGACGUCAGACAAGUAGCGGUGACUUCACACAAAAGCACCAUACGAAGUGUUGGAUAUCCAACUGGCUAUUUCGAUGAUCUUCACUGCAGGUGGCAUUUCAAGACAAGAUAUGGCGGAAUUGAAAUUAAUUUCACCAUUGCUGACAUCAAUACAGACGGUUCAACCUGUACGGAUGCAAUACGGGUCUACGAUGGCUCCAAUACCACUGCACGUCUUCUAAUGGAGAGGUGCAGUCCAGGAAACUUUUCCUUGAAGAGUACGGGCCGGUCCCUCUAUGUGGAGUUCGUCACAGACAGUGUCAACGUUGGGUCUGGAUUCGUUAUGCGGUGUUCCAGUUUUAAAGUCCAAAAAACCUCACAAACAGAUUACAAGACAACAUUUAUUGCCGUGGGAGGCAUCAUCGGUCCCGUCAUAAUCGUCAUUGCCUGCUUUGUCGUCUGUUCAUCCAAAAGACGUCGCUGUAAUUCAAGAAGAACUGUUUUUCAAUCACAAGGAAUGCACACGCCAGCACCAUCAGCAGCAACAGGAACAGCUGUAGAUUUACAGGUGUACCCCUUUCCUCCCAGCUUUUCGAACCCCUCUCCCCCCAGCUAUUCGGAAAUUGGGCCUUUAGAAGCUUGACGGCAUGAACGCAUUUGAUCAACCACCUAGUUGCAGUGAGGUCAAGAAUCAAGGUGCGACGAAUGUUCACGGAAAUAUACAAAAUACUUCACCAGCUGUAUUGGGCGGUACAGGAGAAUCUAUGCACAUGUAGUUAAUCAAGACUCUUAGUGAAUGACCAAUUUAUAUUCUGGGAAGGAAGUGGGGGCUAUUUCGGGGAUGGGGUGGGCAUUAUCAAUACGUAUUUGUUCCCUAAACUACCGAAAAUCCUACUUUUAUCUCAGGUGUGGCAGAAAACAACACUUAGUUCACGGAACGUCCUGCACUCAUGUCUUCUAAAGUGUCCAGAGACGUUGUUGCUCUCGUGGACAUAUACUUGUCAAUACGAUGUGCUUCAAACAAAAUAGACAUUCCAACAUAGAUACCUGGACUUCCAUGCUCUGAGCGUCUCUGCGGGUCACAGACUCUCUAUAUAUGACAGUUCACGUGGUUUUAAACUCGCGUCUAUAUUUUAUAUAUGUUUUUCUAUGAUGUUUUUUUAUACUCUGCAAAGCAGUUGUGCUGGAAGAAUCAUGUUUCAUGUGUGUAUAGCUGUCACUGAAUCAGGUCAAUAUAAAAGCCACCAGAUUUUUUAAUCAUAGGAUAAGAUAGUCAUGAUAAAAGUAAUUGUCCAUCUGAUUUCAUACAUCUGGAGUCACAAGAUUCCAGCAUGGUUCAUCUUUACAAAACAGAGGUAUCUAAUGUUCAUUAUAUAUUACUCUGUUUAGGUAUUAACUACUUGUAUCCGCAGACAGACAAAACACCUUUGCAAUAUGGUUCUGACUGCUCCAUUUUUGUGGCAUGCUUGCCUGAGACUUUUUGCAAGCGUACCUGUUGUAUUGUGAGAUAUGUUUCUACUUGUAAAUAAAAUGAUAUUUCUGUUUCUACACAUGUAGA